AUUAAUUUUUUAUUUAUAGAUAAUGUAACAACUUAUAAAAAGUCAACUCUACCAAAGUUAAACAAGCUUAAUAAAACAAUAUUGAGAACGGUAUAAUUAUCAAACAAUAUUAAUUACGUAAAAAAAUAUUGGUACUAUACAUAUCCGAUCAAAUCUAUUUCAUGAAACAGAUUAGAAAAAUAAAUAGCCUCUUAAAUAAUACAUAACAAAUUUUUGCGUUUGUUAUCUAAAUGGAAAACAAAAUACUUUGAAUACUUACCACUUAUACUACUUAGAAUACCUAGUUCGUAAUAUAACAAAAAAUAAGUCCGCAUAGCAGCAUAGAUUUGAUCACAUAGCUGUCCUAUUCAUCUUUUUGCCCAUCUAGAAGUAACACUGAGAUAAUAUAAUAUUAACGGCCGUCUGGUGUAGUGGUAAGUGACAUGGUCACUACACAAGGGGGUCGCGGGUUCGAAUCCCGCCAAGGGAAGAUAUUUGUAUGAUAAAUAUAAAUGUCUUCUCCAGGGUUAUGGAUGUAUAUUAAAUAUGUGUAUGUGUAUAAUAAAAAUCUUAUAUUUAUUUCCGUUAUCUGGUACCUGUAACACAAGUUCUUUACGAACUUAUCACGGGACCAGUUAAUGUGGCGUGACAUAAAAAAACAAAUAAAUAAAUAUUAUAUCCUUCAUCACCACAAAAUGUCUUUGUAAAUUUAUCUUUUUGUCACAAAAAGUAUACUGCUUUGUGGUAAUUAUGUGUUUUUUUUUAAUUAUUGAGCCCUAUUGCUAAAUCAGAAUCAGGUUUUCUGCGACCACAUUGUACUGAGUGCAACUUGUAAGUUGUGCGUUUUCAAAAUUAUCUAUUUUCGUAAACAAAAUAUAAUCUGCGUUACUCGUUCAUUGUCAUUUGGUACGAACACUGAUAAUGCCACUUACGACACGAACGCGUUACCUUGAUCUGAGGUGAUUAUAUUCGUCAUCCACUCGGUAGAAAUUCGUCGGCGAUGCCGCAGGCCGCGAGCUGCGCUGACGCAUUAUUGAUAUUUUUUGCUCACGUUGCUUAGAAUGCUCACCGCCCGUUAGUCGACACUCAGUCAGUCCUGCUCCGGAACUCUAUCGGUAUGCAUAUAUAUUAUGCCCCAGACCUCGCCCUCGUCAGUCAAGCCUUCACGCACGCGGGAGUCUAUUCAGUGGAUACGAAAUUCAAAUGUCAAAUUUCUUUAAGAUUUGCUGCGUGAAGGAUCCCGGUGGAUUCGCGAAAGAGAACCUCAGGAAGAUGGAUCAAGUUAACGGGCAUUUCGUUUCGGCUACGUGCCCUUUUAGUGGUGAAAGUGUUGAGUUGAAAGUUGACAGUAAUCAGAAACAAGUGAAGCCAAAUCUUCGUAUAAAAGUUCCUCAACCGAUAAGACUAAAGAACCAUGUAGCUCACGACGAGAACUUCGACACGCUUCACUCCCGGAUCAAUGAAGUCACUCAUUUUAACACAAAAUGCUCAGAAAAAGUUUGUCAGACAAGCAUUAUGGAUAUACCUGGUCGAGGUGAUACCCCGCGGACGGCGGAAGAAGUGUUCAAGGAUGCUCAGGCAUUCCUCACACAAUACUACGCUUCAAUCAAGCGAGAGAACUCAGAAGCCCACAAAGCGAGGUUAGACGAAGUGAAGAGGGAAUUGAAAGAAAAAGGAACGUAUCAACUUAAAACUUCGGAAUUGGUGUUCGGGGCCAAGUUGGCUUGGCGUAAUGCGACCAGGUGCAUCGGAAGAAUACAGUGGAAAAAGUUACAGAUAUUCGAUUGCAGAGAAGUGACCACAGCAAGCGGUAUGUUCGAAGCAUUGUGCAAUCACAUCAAAUACGCUACGAAUAAAGGAAAUAUUCGUUCAGCAAUAACGAUCUUCCCACAACGCACCGACGGUAAACAUGACUACAGAAUAUGGAAUCCGCAGCUUAUCAAUUAUGCAGGAUACCAGGAGCCAGAUGGAAGCAUUAUAGGAGAUCCAGCACGAGUUGAAUUUACAGAGAUUUGUAUGAAACUUGGAUGGAAAGCGCCGCGCACCCCAUGGGACAUUUUGCCGCUCGUACUCUCUGCUGACGGAAAAGAUCCUGAAUUCUUUGAACUACCCAAAGAAAUAGUUAUGGAAGUGCAAUUCGAACAUCCUGAAUAUGACUGGUUCAAAGACAUGGGUUGGAAAUGGUAUGCUUUGCCGGCUGUUUCCAACAUGAGGCUUGACUGCGGGGGCCUAGAGUUCACAGCUAAUUCCUUCAACGGCUGGUACAUGGGCACUGAGAUCGGAUGCAGGAACCUCUGCGAUGAGAGUCGACUGAAUAUUGUUGAGGCUGUAGCCAAGAAAAUGGGUCUAGACACAAACUCGUUUGUUUCUCUGUGGAAAGAUAAGGCAUUAGUUGAAGUUAAUAUAGCGGUACUGCACAGUUUCCAUAGAGAUAACGUGUCCAUUGUUGAUCAUCACUCCGCGUCCGAACAGUUCCAGAAGCAUUUAGAAAAUGAAAAUAAAAGCAGGGGCGGAUGUCCAGCUGAUUGGAUAUGGAUCGUUCCACCGAUGUCUUCAUCGUUAACCACAGUGUUCCACCAAGAAAUGGCCUUGUAUUACAUCAGACCGUCAUAUGAUUAUCAGGAACCACCAUGGAAGACUCACCAAUGGACAAAGUCUGACGGCACUAAGACCGUCCACAGGAAGUUCCACUUCAAACAGAUCGCCAGAGCAGUUAAGUUCACUUCCAAACUGUUCGGACGGGCGCUCUCCAAGCGCAUCAAAGCGACUAUUCUCUACGCAACAGAGACGGGCAAAUCUGAACACUACGCCAAAGAAUUAGGAACUAUUUUCGGACACGCUUUCAACGCGCAGGUACAUUGCAUGUCGGAAUAUGAUAUGUUUUCUAUAGAACAUGAGACUUUAGUUCUCAUAGUGGCUUCCACGUUCGGCAAUGGAGAACCUCCAGCUAACGGAGUCGAUUUUGCAGAGCAUCUAUUUCAAAUGCUUUAUAAUGAGACAAACAAUAAUCGAGGAGAUGGUACAAAUGACUUAGGCUCUGGUACGUUCAAGACACCAACACCAAAAUCACUGAUGAGAUCAAACAGUAUGAUGACACCGAGCUUUGAAUAUAAGCGGCAAUUAACGAGAUUAGAGUCUAACAAAAGUAGCGUGGCCGGUGCAUCAUCUAUAGAACAAAUAGGACCUCUUAGCAACGUUUGUUUCGCUGUAUUUGGUCUGGGGUCGAGUGCGUACCCAAAAUUCUGUCAUUUCGGUAAAACAGUUGACAAAAUCCUUGGUGAUUUAGGCGGCGAAAGAAUAUUAGAACUGGCAUGUGGUGAUGAAUUGUACGGACAAGAACAACAGUUUCGCGCUUGGUCUUCGAAAAUAUUUCAGGUUGCCUGUGAAACGUUUUGCUUAGAUGAAAACGACAUGGUAAAAGAUGCAAAGAAAGCUUUGGGUGACGUACCGCUGACAGAAGAGACAGUACGUUUCGGAAAAUAUCAGGGAGAUACAAAGCUAAAGGCAGCUCUGGAGGCCAGCUUCAGAAAACAGCUCAUUACUUGUAAAGUUAAAGAGAAUAAAAACCUAGGGGACUUCUCAGCGGAUCGGGCCACAGUAUUUGUUGAUAUGCAACCAGAAACUGAAUUCAAAUACGAUCCAGGAGAUCACGUCGGAGUUUUGGCUUGUAAUAGAAAAGAAAUAGUAGAUGCAGUACUAGAGAGGAUGAAAGAUGUUGACGACUAUGAUAAAACUGUUCAAUUACAAGUGAUGAAGGAGACGUUGACACCUACAGGUGCUAUAAAGACAUGGGAGCAACAUGAAAGAUUACCAGCGGUAACGAUACGACAGAUAUUUACGAGAUUUCUUGACAUCACGACACCACCGUCAACGACUGUACUGAAAUACUUAUCUAAAGCUUGCACUGACCAGAAUGAUGCUGCCCAACUUAAAGAAUUAGCCAUAGAUUCCAACAAAUACGACGACUGGAGGCAUCUCCACUAUCCACACUUGGCCGAAGUACUAGCGCAGUUCCCUUCAUGUCGACCUCAAGCAUCUUUGCUAGCGGCCCUACUACCAUCGUUACAGCCGAGGUUCUACUCCAUAUCUUCAUCACCACUAGCGCAUCCUCAUAGAAUUCACAUCACAUGCGCUGUUGUUGUUUACAGGACACAGAACGGACAAGGCCCGAUGCAUUAUGGAGUAUGCUCUACAUACCUACAAAAUCUAAAACCGGAGGACGAAGCCCUAGUUUUCAUAAGACGUGCACCAAGCUUCCAUAUGCCUAAAGAUUUAUCAGCACCGCUUAUUCUUGUCGGCCCCGGCUCUGGUAUAGCGCCGUUCAGAGGAUUUUGGCAUCACAGAAAGCAUCAGAUCAAGAAUUUGAUACCGAACAAACAAAAACCAGGUCCUGUCUGGUUGUUCUUCGGUUGCCGAAACAGAGGAAUGGAUUUGUAUAAAGAAGAAAAAGAAAAAGCGUUAGCCGAUGGAGUAUUGAGCAAAGUUUUCUUGGCACUUUCUAGGGAAGACUCUGUUGAAAAGAAACACAUCCAAACGCUACUGGAGGACGAGGGUGCCGAAAUCUCACGGAUGCUUCUAGACGAAAACGGACAUUUCUACGUUUGUGGUGAUUGUAAAAUGGCUGAAGAAGUUCAACAGAAAUUAAAAGAAAUCAUGAAGAAACAUGCCAAAAUGACUGAGCAAGAAUAUGAAGAGUUCAUCUUGAACUUGAUGGUGAGUAGUAUUUUGAUGCAGUUGAGUAUUUUUAGUAUAAUUAUAGGUGGAUACGGAAAGGAAGCAUGUCAAUCAAAUAAAAAAUUUGAAGCAAUUUUAUUAAGGUUACCGGACGAACCUAUUUCGACAUCCCUAACAUAAGUUAUUUUAUUUAUUUAUUUAAAUCAGAAAGCUUAUAAUACUAGUUUAGAAUCAAAUUUAAACAUGAGGGUAACGUGAAAACCUAAUCAGUCUGAUUUGUAGUGUUUAUCCUUUUUAUUUUAGGAUGAAAACAGAUACCACGAAGAUAUCUUCGGGAUCACUCUGAGAACAGCAGAAGUUCAAAGUGCAUCAAGAGAAUUCGCUAAAAGGACAAGGCAGGAAUCACAGAAGUCACAAACUUAAAGUUUUUCUACAAUACAUUUUAGAUUAAAUUGAUUUUAAAUCUAAUUGCAAACGUUAGCUCAAAUUGAGCAGUAAAAAGUUUAUAUUUGUUUCUUAAGCAUAAUAAACUUGAUAAUGAUUUUGUGGUAGCAUAUGUAGCUUACAAUACUGAUCUAUAAUUGAAAUAUCAUCGCCUCAAAUGAAGACGAUCCAGCAAUUAUUACUUCUAUAAAGUUUAUAACGGGCCGCAUUGUUAAGGUACCCUAAUGGUUAUAGUUCACCGUCACAUCACUCUUACACCAUGUUCACGCUAAGCGACAACUCCAUGUGACACGUCGUCUAAGAUUCACGUUUCGCUGUCAUCCUAUUCACAGCGGAGGCGAUAUCGAAAUUGGCGCGACAACUUGUCAGAAGUAACAGCCGAAAAUAACAUAAAGAGGUUAUAUUUAAAAAAAAAUCUGAAAAUCUGCGAGCGCAAGUUUCUCAUAACUUAUGUUUCUUGAAAUAAGUAAAAUAAUAUCUGAGCAGAUCUCGAAUCAAAUCUAAAGAAUCCGUUGCAGAAAUAAUAAGUUAUUAUUUAUUUUAAAAUUAACCAUAAAAAUUUAUUUUACUCCUUUAAAUUGGUUAGCUUUUAUUGGUUCCUAAAAAUAAUAAUAUGGCACUCUUCUACGAGUAUUUUACAAUCACUACGAUUAUUAAUUAUUUAUAUUUGUACAAUCCUAUGAUUAUAUUAUCCAGUAUUAUUAAUUUUUAUAUUUUAAGUUAAAUGAAGCAUUUUCAGUGUUUGACAUAUUGUAAAUGGUCAUUAGAUCAUAAGUACACUAAAAUAAAAGACACAUAAACAUUAAAA